AAUUCUUGGUGAAGCAGGCAAAGAACUUGUAAUGUGUGAGUUCAUUGAAGAAGGGGCAUCUCCUGUUGGUACUUCGGCUCCAUCUACUUCUGCGGCUAGUCAUAUCGUCGAGGAUGAGGUGGCGGAGGCAGCAGCCACGGAGGUAGAGGGGACCUGGACCCAGGACGCUGGACAAGUGGCUCUGGUAGUGCAACCGCCUGAGGCUGAGGGUGCUGUGGCGUGGCGCGAUAGGAUUCGCAUCCUCAUAUGUGGCCAUAGUAUGGUUUUUUGGGCGGCGCACCAAGCGAAGAGGACGCGGAUCGGGUCCCAGCUUGGACUCAGCCGUUGGGCCACAGUGGAGUGGCGUGGCAGAAGAGGCCUGCGUUGGGCAGGUUUGCUGCCGCUGUUGUUUGAGGGCCGGAAUCCCCCUCCCCCACACAUUCUGGUUGUCCAUUUGGGAGGCAACGAUUUGGGUAUGAUGAAGGGCGUGGCCCUGUCUUGUCAGGCACAGGAUGACUUCCGUGAGAUUAUGAGAAGAUGGCCUGGUGUCCUGAUUUUUUGGUCGGCGAUGCUUCUGCGCCGGGUAUGGCGAGAAGCGUUGGACCAUAGGGCUGUAGAAAGGGCGAGGCGGAUGGCCAAUAGAGCCCUGUUUAGAGCAAUGACAAGGGGUCUUGGGAUCUAUUUGCCCCAUCCGCAGAUACGGGCCGAGUCUGCAGACCUCUACCGAGGGGAUGGGGUACACCUAUCUACCAGUGGUAAUGCCAUAUUUUUGAAUGACCUGCGGCAAGGGCUGCGCCUGGCAUUAAGCCACUUGUGGGGCGCCGAGGCCUAAGCAGAGGCUUGGCCUCUGCGGUGGCAGGGUGUUAGUUAGGGAAGAAUCUGUAGCGGGCCGGUGAGCACCCUUGGCACCUCCCCAUUGGUGGGGAAUUGGGGUCUGCCAGAUGUGGCUGGCUGCCGUACGGCCCAGUUGCGUGGUUGGACGCCCUGGUGGGGAACCCCUGGACAAGCCAGUCUCCCCCCGCUGCCGUACGGCCGGGUGGGGGAGCUUUACAGGGGUGAACCACUUCGCCUGGCCAGGCCGGGUCCCAGCCAUUUUUGUGAUGGCUCGCACCUGGGGCAGCGGGUGUCUCGCCCAGACAGGUCAGGGCGGGGUAGGAGGCGACCCCAGGGCCUGACCUGUACCGCUAGUUAGGCCCUUGCCGUAGUUAAUGUUUCCUGGUUGUUGUUUAUUAAUAAAGCGGCCCAUUUUAUAAUCCAAAUACUGUGUCUGUCUCUUAUUCCUAAUAGUGGGGCAAUACUGCCAACCCUGCUAGGGGGCUUGCCCCCCCCUUGAGCAGGUGGCAGCCGUUUGCCCCACUGCAAGGAUGGAGGCAGACAGCUACAGCCUCCGGGCAUUCAGCCUUGGGGGCGGAGUUUCGCAGCGUUUUCUGCCGCUCCGCCCCCGUGGCUUCAGUCUUGCCUCGUGCUCGGCCCACCCACCUCUCCCUAUUUCAGUGCGGGAUUAGCCGGUUGCCUAUUUGGAGCCAGGUAGGAAUUUUUCUCUCACAGUUCCCGAUUGGCCUGGGGGCUGGAGUUUUUUCGCCUACCUCGCACUGUUUGGUGGGGGAGGUUAAUUGGUUUGGUGGGUCUGAGUUAUUGCCACGGGUGGCAGGGUGUUAGUUAGGGAAGAAUCUGUAGCGGGCCGGUGAGCACCCUUGGCACCUCCCCAUUGGUGGGGAAUUGGGGUCUGCCAGAUGUGGCUGGCUGCCGUACGGCCCAGUUGCGUGGUUGGACGCCCUGGUGGGGAACCCCUGGACAAGCCAGUCUCCCCCCGCUGCCGUACGGCUGGGUGGGGGAGCUUUACAGGGGUGAACCACUUCGCCUGGCCAGGCCGGGUCCCAGCCAUUUUUGUGAUGGCUCGCACCUGGGGCAGCGGGUGUCUCGCCCAGACAGGUCAGGGCGGGGUAGGAGGCGACCCCAGGGCCUGACCUGUACCGCUAGUUAGGCCCUUGCCGUAGUUAAUGUUUCCUGGUUGUUGUUUAUUAAUAAAGCGGCCCAUUUUAUAAU